AUGAUUUUGGGGGAUUACCUUAAUAUUUUAAAACAGAAGGCAGGUAAGUUUUCCUAUUGGUAUAGGACGUCAAGUAUAGGUCAUCGAAAUUUUGUGUGGUUAUUUGUUGGGUGUUUUUGUGGAUAUGUAUAUGGAAAAAUUGAAUAUAUAAAAAAGAAAAAGGGUAAGGGUAUAUAUGGGGAUCUAAUAUAUGUUGAUGAGUACAUAGUUGACAAUAAAAAUAUAAGAAAUUUUGAGGCAAACUAUAACAAAUUAAAUAUUCAUUCCUUUAAGAAUAAAGGGUAUGAGUACACAAAACUGUUUAAAGCAAUAAAUUGGGAUAACUCACCAUUAAGUUAUCUUCAGUUAAGGUUAUGGAGAAACAAAGACUCCUAUGACGAAUAUAUUAAAAGUAAAAAUAUUAUGGACUUAUUUAAAAAUGUUCAAAGAGAAUGCGUUUUUCACUCCUCCGAUAAGUACGAAACGAUUGUGGACGACUCUAUUGUUCGCCUAAUUCCGUAG